AUGCGCGAGUUCAUGGAUUACAUCCAAAGCGCCUUCUAUGCCGCAACGGGCUGGAAUCGCGACAACUCCUACUCGUCCCUGAACGCGACGGCUGACGCUUUGCUUAGCUUCCCUACCCCACGGGGCCUCCGGAUCACCCUCGGGUCACUUGCCACGCCCCAGUUCGCGACCGCAUACCAGCUCGGCACCGUUGGCGUCGUCGAUGGCUCGGUCUCGUACCUGUACUCGACGGUCUCGCUCCGCAACGCGGUCGCGCAGAGCGCGAGGAUACCUUUGCCCGAUCUCCUGAAGAGCUACAAACCCCUGGUGGAGCUGCCGCGCGGGACAAUAGGGACAGGGGACUUCCUCGAGGGAUGGGAUGCAUCAGAGAAGAAUACGCUCGCCUACGGGCGUUUGUACCUGCCACAGUCGAUGCUGGAGGCACUUGUCGUGAAGCGCUUCUCUCCCACACUACAGAUGCAGAUCAGUGCAGUGUCUGAUCAGACGUUGCGUAAUGGCGGUACGGUUCUAGGCAUGGUACAAUACGACCGACAACGAUACGGCAUUGAGGGUUUGGCAUCAUCCGAUGGAGGCCUCAUGGGAGUGCGCGGCUUGUACAACUUUGGAGGUGAUGCGGAGAACUUGAAAACGCCAUACGGCUCUUCAAACGAUGUUGCGACGGGGAAUGGUAUUGGUGAACGGGAAGGCAUAUACGGACGGUUUAGCACGGGUGCAGAACUCUACUACGGAACACUCAACAAAUCGGGAGGCAUGAGUAUGGGGGUAAGGUUCGCAACUCUGCCGACAUACAGAGGAACACCACUCACGGCAACGAUGACGAUCAAUCCCUUGAUGGGAAACAUCAGCUGGAGCUAUGCAGUCAUGGCUGGAAAGUUCUGCUCGCUUGCGACAAGAAUGGACUUCAAUGUCUACAGCUACGAAAGUGAAUGGGCAGUCGGCACGGAGUUAUGGAGAAGGAGGAAGAGUUCCUGGGCCGUCGAUGCUGGUAAGGAGAGCCCAGCGCCAGAGCAGGCGCCUCCACCCAAAUUGGAAAGGAGCUUCCAGGCCAAGAUCGAAUGGAGAUUAGACGACCCGCUACCGGCACCAGAACCUCCAGAAAUGCAGUCGGCCCCGAAAGAGCUUCCUCAAGCGGAAGAGGACAAUGAUAAAUACUCGGGCGUUCUCAAGGCGAGGCUGGAUCAACAUCUUAAAAUUGGUCUUUUGUGGGAGGGAAGGGUCAAGUCGUUGCUAUUCAGUCUCGGAAGUGGGAUCGACCUUCGCCGACUCGACACGCCAUUCCGGAGCUUAGGCCUCGAGGUGCAGUUCUCCUCGUGA